AUGAGGCGGCGUCCUCCGACAUGGUUGAGCGCCUCCUCCGCUGAUUCGGGUAAUUUACCAAACAAAACGGAGGAACAGCACCGUGCGGGAUGCGCUCUUCUUACUGGCGGUACCAGGUCCCGGACGCCCAACGAGGCAGUUCUUCGGCCUAGGACGCCCGAUCUUACAGGGAUCUAG